UAUUCUCAGUUGCUGUCAAUUUUUUGUUACAAUUUUACUAAAUUUCUUCUUCUUACAAUUGUUUAAUGUUUCCAAAAAAUUUGCCGAUUUUAAUAAUUUGUUUCACUCACAAUAAUUUUGUGUUAUGAUAUUAAUGAAAUUUUGUCAUUCUAUACAACUCAACUGGUUGAAUUUGUGUAACGUUUCAAUUGUGAAGUUGCCGUUUGUAUUUACUUAAAUUUAUGUUCUCAUGUGUUGUUACCAUUUUGGUUGCUUUAAGCGGAUAAAUGCUAUCAAGUGGCCUAGUAAAAAAUAGUACUUAUUUAUUAGACAAUUUAUCUCUACUGAACAUUUAAAUUAAUUUUACAAUGGAACGUGAAUCUAGUAAUAAAUAUAACGAACAACAUCACCAACAAGGUCAACAUCAACAGGAACAACAACAAAAUGAUCAACAGCUGCACAAUUUGCAACAUUACCAGCAGCUUCAUCAUCAAGAUCUCCAAUCGAACUUGAAUCAGGAGUAUCUUGAUAAAAAUGAAAUCGAAGAACAGAUUUAUGAUAAAGCUAAUCUAGAAAGCCAAGUUAGAUAUGGAGUCCCACCCAUUGAAUCUGUUCCUACAAUACCUCAAUUGAGACAUUGGAGUGAAGUUGUCUAUGAAGCUAAAGAGGUUCGAAUAGAGGAAUGGAGUAUUGCAGGGGGUUCUGAUUAUGGACAGUUGCCUUAUUUAAUGGACUCAGGUGAUAUUUUGUUAGAAGUUAAUGGCCAUCGAGUUGCUGGUUUAACAAGGAAUGAUGUUAUUGAUUUGAUACAUAAUAAACCAUUGGUUGACAUAAAAGCUGUCUCAAGUAGCUCCUCUUUUGGCCUUCCUAUUGACCUGAGGGAAUAUUUAUCUCGAAGAUUUGCUCGUGGGUCUGUUGACCAUGAUUUACAGGCAACUAUUAGAGACAAUGUUUACAUGCGAACCAUUCCAUGUACAACAAGGUUACCCAAGCCGGGUGAGAUCGAUGGAGUUGAUUAUAAGUUCAUCACGACUGAAGAGUUCAUGGAAAUGGAAAGAAGUGGUGUCCUUCUUGAAAGCGGUAUAUUUUCGGGUCAUCAUUAUGGUACUCCAUUGCCAUUAUCAACUGCUGUUAAUUCAAACAUCCCGAUGCUUCCAGGAUCUAACUCAAACUAUGAGAACAAAGAGAUGUUAAAUAGGAAUGUUUCAUAUGUAAAUUCUCAGGGAAGGGAAGGAGGUGAUCCAAAUAAUCCUGACUCAAAUGAUAGCGGCGAUAAACAUCCAGAAGGCACCAGUACUGGAGAACCUGUUAUUGGACCUGGUGUCACGGCUAAUCAAUUUUCAAGCAAUUUGGCAGCUAAACGAAGACGAAAUAGGAGUAAUAUCGCUGCCAUCGAUGCUAGUUCAUUGCCUCACGGUUGGGAGAAAAUAAGUGAUGCUCAUUAUGGUGUUUACUAUAUUGAUCAUAUCAAUAAGAGAACUCAAUAUGAACGGCCUUAUGAGAUAGAAUUAACCAAAGGUGCCAAUGGUUUCGGGUUUACCUUAAUUGAAUUAGACAAGGGAUUAGUUGUAGUUAAAAAUAUUGUGCCAAGAGGACCUGCUGAUCAGAGUGGUGUUAUCCAACCGGGAGAUGUUCUAGUUUCAGUUUCUGGUGUUUCAGUCUCGGGUCUUCAACAUUCAGAAAUCGCUCGUCUUUUUGGAACGUUUGUUGUAGGUGAUCGAGUUAAAUUAACUUUUGCCCGUGGUUAUCAACUUCCACCAGAAUUUACCAGCGAAGAAGAUAAAGAGUAUGAGUUCUUAAAUAUUAAUUUAACAAAAGGCUCAGAUGGUUUUGGAUUUACCAUAUCAGAUAGUAACAAAGGUCAAAAGGUAAAAAAAAUUCUUGAUGUUGAUCGAUGUGGCUUACUUAGAGUUGGAGAUAUUUUGGUUACUGUUAACAAUACCGACCUGUCUAGUUUACCUCAUGCUAAAGUUGUUGAAGCACUCAAACAAUGCUCUAUCGGUGAUACAGCGAGUAUGACUGUAAAACGUAAAAAACGUUUUCGAAGUAAAACCCCUAUAACUCUUCAAUCUCCCAGCACUAUUUAUGAAAAGGAAGCCAAUACACCUCAACGUAAUUGUAAAACUCCUAAUUGUGAAAUGAUGGCGCGACGAGAUCUUGAUUACAUGAAUGAUGAGCAAAUCAAUCAACAGCAACUCCAACAACAACUUCAACAACAACUUCAGCAACAACUUCAACAGCAGCUUCAACAGCAGUCGGUAAGCGAACUUUAUCAAACUCCUCAAAGCUGUUUAAUUAACAACAAUGCAUAUGAAAGUAGUGCAUACUGUCAAUCAAGUAACUAUUCACCAAAUAGUAUGAUGAUAAAUCAAAAAGCUACACCAAGUCCAUCCUCUAAUAUGGGUCUCAAUGGUGGUCAACAUCCUCACCUUCAACACGCUAGUAACUCCAUGUACAAUAUGGUUGGAGUAGGAGGGAUGAGGGUUGUUGGACAAAAUGGCCCAGUUAUGAAUGCAACGUCAUCACAACUCAAUAUGGAUCCUUAUGGUCUCAGUGAGCUGACCAGCGAUAGUUUAGUUGCCAAUGGUCUUGGUAAUAAUCCUCCUCCUCCACCGCCUCAUCCUCAUUUUGCACAUAUGAUUCAAAAUGGCGAUGAAAUGGGCACAGGAGAAGAAUAUCUUGGCCAUAACAGAUUUCCUGAUGAGGAUGAUUAUGAAUACUUUGUAGUGGUCCUCACUAGAGGGGAAGCUGGUUUCGGAUUUCGCAUAGUUGGAGGAGCAGAAGAGGGGAGAAACAUUUCCGUUGGGUCCAUAGUGAUCGGCGGAGUAGCCCAUAAAGAUGGUAUUCUUAAAGCUGGAGACGAAAUACUGUCAAUCAAUACAAGGGACAUAACUGGAGCCUCUCAUCACACUGUGGUUAACCUCAUGUCUUCCUGUGAUAAUACAGUCUCUUUGCUGGUUCGAAGGAAGAAAAAUUCUGAUGCUUAUGAUGUUGUUCUUCAGCGAGAAGUUAACGAGGAUUUUGGUUUUGUAAUUAUAUCCUAUGGUAAUUGUGCCUUGAUUGGACGAAUAAUUGAAGGAAGUCCAGCUCACCGAUGUGGUCGACUCAGAAUACGGGAUAAAAUAAUUAUGGUCAACGGACAAGAUAUUCGUAAUACAUCUCACCCUGAAGUGGUCAACAUGAUUAAAGAAUCAGGUCGUGCUUUAUGUCUUCGUAUUAUCCCGGCUGACAGUUAUUCCGUUGAGCUAAUUCGAGGUUCUAAAGGUUUCGGUUUCUCAAUCCGAGGAGGAGCCGAGUUCAAUGGAAUGCCUUUGUUUAUUUUAAGAAUUGCUCCUGAUGGACCAGCUCACUCAUUACUCAAUGUUGGCGAUGAAAUAAUUGAAAUUAAUGGCAUUAGUACUGUUAAAAUGACGCAUGCUGAAGCAGUUCAAGUUAUUCAUCAAAGUGGCGCUCAAGUUAAACUAAAACUCAGACGUAAUGCAAACCCUAAUGUUGUCCCUCCGCCAGCAUAUGAUGGAAACAAUUUUCCUCAAGCAAUAAUGUAUAACAAUUCUUAUUCAUCUUAUUCUGCUCCAGCAUUGAUUCAACAAUUCAAUACUAUGCAUCUCAACUCAUCUUAAUCAAAAUAUUGACACCAUGUUUAUCGACACUUUUCAUUUUUUAACGAAACAUGGGAACGAAAAGCGCAACUGAGUAGAAUCUACAGCCGAAAAUAAAAGCAUUUUUCCAUGUCGGAAAUUUAAAAGAAUCGUGAUGAAAAUGCUUACAAACUUCACUUAUUGAUGCCAUUAUUCGUUGAUCUGAAUUUAAUCGCUAAUUUUUUCUUUUUCUUCAAAUUAUUCUCUUUUAUAAUCACUUUAAGUUGCUUUUAUUUUAGACCAAUUUAGGUGACAAUUAUUUUACUCUUGACCGAUAACAAAUCUCAUCAACACUUUUCUGGGAAUGGUCAUCAUUUUACACAUCUAAGUACUUACUUUGAUAGCUUAUUUCCUCAAUGCAACUUUGAUUUUAAUCCAUGAGUAUUUUACAUGCUUAUCAUUUUUACGUCAAUCUUUAAACUUUCCCCUUGAUUUUUCAUCAAAAGAAAACUUUCAUCAUCAUUGCUUCCAAACUUUUACAUUAUCAUGUAGUCUUCCUUUCUUAACAAUUUUGGAAUCUCCUUGGAUCGUUAUUCGUAUUUUUUCAUCAAGCUGAAUAACCCUGAAAUGAAUCUGACAUGAUUAACUCUUCAACACCAUGCACACACAACCACCGUUGUCAAACUCAGAAUCGUCAAGAUUUCUAGUCAAAAUGAAAUCAUCUCAUCUGUAUUUCUGAUGGUUGAUUGUUUUUAUGCCACAUAAAACUUUUUAUUUCGUAUUUUUUUCUUACUAACAAUCUCAAAACACCGCCUCAAGACGCAUUUAAUCUUAAUCAAUCUAAAGCUUCACUAUUUACAACUCAUUCUCAUCUUUUACAAGCACUAAACCCGAGAAGAGCAAAUCCAACAAAAAAAAGACAAAGAUUAAUAAACUGAACUUAAUUUUAUGGUAACGAAAGAGACAAAGACUUGAUUAUUGUUGAUCGAUGCUUCUCGCCAAAACUACUGACUAUUGAUGGUGACUUUAAUCAAAUAAUGUAUUGCUCAUCCCCACUAAUAAUCAACUGAAUUUUAUUUACAUGGUAUUAGUUUAAAUGUGAGCUUAUCCGACGUUAUGUUAUCCUAACGUGUAAACCUGUAAAACAUGCUGUAAAACAAAAAAAAAUACUAACAAGUGUUAACCAAAUCCUUAGCGAAAGACUAAACAUUUAUGGUGACGAUGUUAAUGACCCUCUCUUAUGUGGAACCUCAGCUUUUAUUUUCAUAUAAGAAUAUAUAUUCAUUAAUAUUCCGACAAUUAAUAAAUCAAACAAUUGUACUAA